UUUACAUGUCAUAUCAGCAGUUCGCAAAAUAUAGGAUGGAUGAGUGACAUUUUGUUUUGUAUAAAUUGUAUCGAUUGUUUCGUAAUUAAUGGUAAUUAAUCAUGAAAUUUCAAGACCAAUGAUUAGUGAAUAUAGCGGAAUGUGUGCCGUUCAUUGCAAAUUCUCUAAGAAUGUUAAUUAAAACAAAUGGGUUUUGAUAAAAAAAAUAUUGACUUAAACAUUGUCAUUCAUUGUUACCAUAAAAUUAAAAUAAUUGCUAGUUUGUCUUAAAUCGUAUAAAAGAACAAAUACAACCAUGCAGUUGGAAGUAGCUGAAGCAGCCUCAGAGAGGUUGUACCCUGCUUUGUUUCAAUGUUUUACUGUUAUUAUUAGCGGAUACAUUGCUGGUAGACUUAAUGUGGUCACCAAGGCCGAGUCAAAAGGCAUUGCUACUUUUGUGGGCACCUUUGCAUUACCAUCUCUCAUAUUCUUGUCACUAGCUCAAUUAGAUUUCAGCAUUGUAAAUUGGACAUUCUUAUUUUCGAUGCUAUUAGCUAAAGGAGUGGUAUUCUUUGGGGUUGUUCUUGUCACCAUUUUGGUGUCAAAGCCAAUGAACUUGGGACAAGCUGGAAUGUUUGCAAUAUUUUGCACACAGAGUAAUGACUUUGCUUUGGGAUAUCCAAUAAUUAAUGCAAUCUAUGAAAAAACUCAUCCUGAAUACGCAUUGUAUCUAUAUUUGAUGGCACCUAUUUCUCUGGCCAUAUUAAAUCCAUUUGCUUUUGUACUGCUUGAGAUCAAUAAACAGAGACAAAAUACGGAUCAAUCUGUUAGUGCGCAGAACCAAAAGAAAUAUGUCAUGAAAAUAAAAAUGCUACUACAGAUUCUCAAAGGAAUAGUGUUCAACCCAGUAUUAGUGAUGACUGUGUUAGGCAUUAUUGGUAACAUAGCUUUCAAACAUAAACUGUCUAUUUACAUUGAAGGACUUUUAGAGGUCUAUGGACAAGCCUUUUCUGCAUCUGCUCUAUUCUUACUUGGAUUAAGAAUGGUUGGUCAAGUGCAUCGGCUCAAAGGGCCCGCAUUAAUUGUCCCCUGUGUACUGAUUAUGGUUAAAUUGAUAAUUCUGCCAGUCGUAAUGAGAGAAUGUGUGUCUGCACUGGAUGCCGGUGAAAAUCAGACGGAAACAUCAUCACUGUCAACAUACGCGUUCUUGUAUGGAACAAUACCAACAGCUCCAGCUGUGUUUGUCUUCUCAAAUAUAUAUCAGUUGGAAAUGGACCUGGUGGCAUCAUCAAUGGUUAUUUGCACAUUUCUAUCGGCUCCUAUAACAUUCCUCUCAGCUCAAGUGAUUACGUUGAAUAAGGAUUAUGCUGACCAACUGAAGAAAUUUGGCUUCGAUUUGUCAAUAGUGUCACUAUUUGCCGCUCUUUGGAUCUUCAUAGUUUUCACUGUGACGAGAAAAUACAAACGAAUGCCUCACAGGAUUACAUUCUGCUUGAAUAUUACUCAAAUAUUGCUGGCUAUCAGUAUGAUAUGGGGAGGACCGUUGAGCAACUACCCGCCGUCCUGGCAGUACGUGGCGCAACAAGGUUUGCAGAUAUUCACCACUUACUCCUGCUUACUCUGGACUUGCAUGUUGUCUGUUGGACUACUAACAUUGGAGAGUCGGGGGCCGUGUUUCGUGUUGGCGCUGUGGCCGGUGCUAGCGUUCGUGGCGUGGGGCGCGCCCGCAGUGAUGGUCAUCAUUCUGCUUGCCACCAAGCCCACCGGUGGGAUUGUGGAUAGCAAUUCUACGGACGUCAUACGUCUGUGUCUUCUGGUCUUUAGUUUAACGGUGACUACGGGUUGUUUGAUCCUGUACAUCCGUUACCGGCGGCGCAGCUCCCACUUUGCAGCGCUAUCGGAUGACCUGGCGUCCAGCCCACCGGACGAGUCCACCAGCCUCGUCGACAACGCGGAACCCACUUCGCACACACAAUCCGUUUCUAAUAUAGGAAUGGAAGAACAUGGUUGUUACGGUGCGAUAACGGCAACUCCCUCGCCUAAUAGAAAUCCGAACGGCUGCUGCACAAAUGACCCGAGCUGUGAGAGCGGCUUUAUGAAUUCCUCCUCCCGGGAUUUGGAAGAUAUCGCCGAUAACGACAAGGAUUGCGGGUGCAGAUGUGGGCACGGUGCGGUGGGGGCGAGGACGGGGGCAAGUGCAGGUGCGGGUGCGGGGGGCACGUGUCAGUACCUGAGCGAGCUGGAGCGCGCGGCGAGCCGGCUGGGCCUGCUGCCGCCCGAGCAGACGCGCGGCCGCGGCGGACAGCUGCUGCGACACACAGUCCUCAUCAUCGCAUACAAUCUCACCAUGUUCAUUGGCGUAACCUACACGGGAUGGCGCGUGCUGCGCAAGGACGAGAGCGGCGUGUACAUAGAGAUCGCGUUUUUCGACAUUGCGGCCAACAGCGGGCAGGCGCUCAUCAUGUUCGCGUUGUUCGGUCUCAACCCGCAGGAGAUACUGCUGCCCACGCUCAGGUUCAUCAAGAACAAAUGGAAUGGCGCCGACACGGUGAAAUUACCACCAGUAGAGGAGCUAAGCUUCGAAACUAAACAUGUAUGCGAGCAGUUCAUUACUCACCAUUUGACCCAUUGCCAGGACGCCAUCACUAAAGAUAUCAGAUGGAGGAUGCGUACAUACCGCGGCGUGUUCCGCGGCUCGUGCUUAGUGCGCUGGCUGGUGAGCUCCGGCCUCGCGACCGAUGACUUCGAGGCUGUUACCUAUGGACGACAUUUGCUUGAAGGCAGGCUCAUCUCGCACGUUAACAACACCUAUCACUUCACUAAUAGCCCCCUAUUGUACAGAUUUAACUAACCGUUUACUACAACUGUCGUGAUGUAUAGGAAUAAUACUGUUAUCUCUAGUUUUUUCUAAAAGCAUGUGAGGGACGGUAAUAUUGUUGUUAUACAGAUAUUACAACAGUGGACCGCAACUAGUUUCGGACUUAGGACAACUAAAGCAAUGCUUAUUCGGCUUGAAAAUUGGGCACAUUAGUAGGCACAAAAAAUUAGAAUAUAUUUAUUCUUAAAAAAUAUGUAGUUAGUAUUGCCAGAGUAAAAACUAAAAAAAAAAUAUUGUGACAAAAAUGAAAAAAAAUAUAUAUCGAAGUUAUUGCUUUUAAUGUUUAUGUUUAAGAAAUGUAUGCGGUAAAUAAAAAUAUAUAUUUAGAGUAAGUAUAUUUUACUAACUUGAUGUUGUGUAAGUUGUUUUUUUUAUUGCCUUUGAGGCGGAACAGAGUUCGCCGGGUCAGCUAGUAAGUAACACAAUAUUUUUGAGAUUAAUAUGCUCUCUCCUACUUUAUUUUAAAUACAUGAUAAUCCACAUAUUUUUUAUGUUUUGUAAUUCUUAAUCCUUCGAUCUGAAUACUAAUGUAUUUAUGUAGAGAUCUAUACAUUUCUCGUCUACUUGUACUGCGUAAAUCAUAUAAAAGACAAGUAAAGAUUUUUUUUUGUAUUCAUGGGUAAUGAUUCAUUCAUACUCUCCAGGUGAAAACGUCUGAAUAGGAACUAUUGUAUGUUAUAUAUGUAUUAACAAAAAUUAAGACUUGACAUACUAUGUGCUGAAUUCUAGUCAUAUAUCGAACAAAAUUUGAUUGUUACCAAUAUCAAUGUAUGUUAAAUACUUUGUUGACCAUUUUUAGAGAAAGCUAAGUAUGUUUUAUUUUCUAAUUCAUUGUAGUAUGGUUUAUUACCCAACUGACAAGAGGGUAAUUUUUUUCUUAUGUAAGUUUAUUUUUAUGUAUGUAAAUAUCAUUGUGACGGCUUAUAUCAUAAACAACAACUGAUUUUGGCAAGUGUUCAAUUUUUCUUCUUCCCCGAACACACUUUACAUGAAAAAAAAUAUUAUUGAUAAUAAUAAAAAUGUGCAAAGAAACAUUUCCAUUAGAUACUCUUUAUUAUUAUUUUUAAUUGAAAAUGAUUAAUUUUAUAAAAACGAAAAAAAUAUAUAAAAUUCAAAUUAUCAGUGAGAAUGUGGAAAAAUAAAAUGAAUUUUAGAAACAUUUCUUUAUGCAAUAGUAUUUUCUAUUACAUGUAUUCACUUGCCAAUUUUUGUUAAGAUAUUAGUUACAUUUUUAUUUUAGUUUUUGUGAUAUUUGUGGCUGUUGAGAAUAAUUUUAGUUAAUAUUUAUAAGAUGCUGCUUUACAUUGUCUAUAUAAACUAUUCAUUGAUAAAUAUUAAACAUUAUUGUAUUCAAAUAUCAAUCAAAAUAUAAUA